UUGUAUAUCUGUAAUCGUUGUAACUACAAUCAUUAAAAUAAAGAUCGAUGUUAAGCAACAGUUACAUAUUACGGGCAUAGAAUUGCAUCAUUUGUUGGUAGCCUUCAAAUUUCUUAGUUACCCUUCCCAUUUUGCCUGAAAUGUCUGUACUGAACCCUUAGUGUCGCGAGUCGAAAUCGCAAUUGACCAGGAUCGUCGUCUGUCAAAUAGUAUGUUAAAACGGAGGUAGGUAGAAAAAUAUAAAAACUGUAACUGGUUCCAAAUCCGCCUUUAUAUUGUCAGCAGAAUGACAAUAGAAGUAGUGGUCGUCAGGUAAGUCGCACCUGUGCUUAGCUUUAUGGCACUUCCUUUUAUUUGUCUGUUUCAGGGGUUAAAUGUGUUUAGACCGACACGACCGCUUACAGCCUACUGUCCGCUCACAUCACCACACUACGCUAGUUGAUAGACAACAUGACGUUGCUUGCAAUUCUACUGAGCUGCGUAUAUUUGAUAUCAGCUGAAGAGCUUGAUGUCAUCAAAGUUACGACUGAUUACAUAGCACAUAAGCAUUUGACAUACGUUUGUUAUUUGACAUGCGGGAGUCGGCAUUCCAGCAUAGUCGUGGCACACAAGUUAAGGGAGCAGAACGUCCGCAUCUCCGUGAAGCGUAUUGACGAGCACAUGAAUAUUGAUCUGGAGCGGCUCAUGCUCCAGCGCACGGCGCCCGUGGGAGCGCUGCUCGACGCCGGCUGUGACGUCACGACACGCAUCCUCUCUCAGGCCUCAAGCAGCAAGCUGUUCGAUGCGACGCACCCGUGGCUGGUGCUGACUGACAAACAUCCUGAUGACAGCACGGCAUACAUUGAUGACACGUUCGGAUCCCUCAACCUGAGUGUGGAUGCCGACAUCGUUGUACUAUUUCAAAAGGGCCGUUACGUUUUUCAAGACGUGUUUAAUUUUGGGAAAAUACAAGGAAAUAGCCUGGAAAAGUCACUACUGGGUACAUGGGAACCAAAGAAAGGUCUAGAAAUGCUAGCUACGGGCUACAAGUACUACCGUCGAUGGGAUUUUAACAACUUGACUCUCCGCGCGAUAUCUGUUAUUGUGGAUCAGCCCGAGGUAUUCUUCCCAGAGAUGUUGUCAGACAUGGCGUAUACGGAGGGCGUGGCCGCAAUGACCAAGAUCACCUCACAGAUGCUCAACACUAUCAAGGAGCAGCACAACUUCAGAUUUAACUAUAGCAUCGCAGGACGAUGGAUUGGAUCGCCAAAAAGGAACUCGACAUUGGCUGUCACGAACGCUUUGUUUUGGGAGGAGCAGGACCUCUCCAGCACCUGUGCCAGGAUAUUCCCCAAGUGGCUCGACUGGGUCGACAUCUACCACCCGCCCACCACCAACCUACAGACCAAGUUCUACUAUCUAGUGCCAGAAACGGGAGUGGGUCAGUACGAAAAUCGGUUCCUGACGCCGAUGUCUGCCGGCGUGUGGUGCUGCGCGCUGGUCGCCGGCAUCGCCUGCACUCUGGUGCUGGUAGUGGCCGCUAUGAUGGAGAGCCGACCCAAGCCUGGCUUGUACGCUUUUUUCAGCGUAUUUGCUGCUGUGUGCCAGCAAGGUUAUGAAGAUGGUGUCCAAAUGGUAGAAGACACGUUUUCAAGUCAAGGUCGGCGGGUGACGCUCCUGGUGAUCGGGCUGACGAGCAUGCUACUGUACAACUACUACACCAGCAGCGUAGUCUCGUGGCUGCUGAACGCCGCCGCCCCCUCCAUCGCUAACCUGGACGGCCUCAUCAACAGCGACUUCGAGCUGGUCUUCGAAGAUAUCGGGUACACACGCGGAUGGCUCGAUAAUCCAGGUUUCUUUUACUACAGUGGUUUCAAGAACGUGAAAGAAGAUGAACUAAGAGAGAAGAAAGUAACAAACGCUAAGCGUUCAGCAUCGGUACUGCAGACAGUCAACACAGGCAUCGAGCUGGUGAGGACCGGAAAAUAUGCCUUCCACACUGAGCCGUACACUGCAAGCCAAGUGAUCUCGAAGACCUACGAGGACGAGGAGCUGUGCAACCUCGGAGCCCUGCAGAUGAUGCUGCCGGCGCACGUCUACAUCAUGGCGCAGAAACGGAGCCCCUAUAAGGAGUUCUUCGACUGGAGUCUGUUACGGCUGCUGGAGCGGGGCCACGUGAAGGCGAUCCGCGCCCGGUUCGCGGGCACGAUGCCGGCGUGCUCGGGCGCGCGCCCGCGGGCCCUCGCGCUGGGACAGGCCGCGCCCGCUUUCGUCAUUAUGAUACUCAUAGCUGUGCUCUCCUGGAUUAUACUGGCUUUUGAGCUGCUGUGGUGGAGGGUCCAGUUGAAAAAGCGGGAUGAAGCAGUGGGCAGUGAUAUGGUGCAAAAAGUGACGUCACCCGUGAUCGAGCCCUGAUCGCGGCGCAUUACAGAGACACCUACACAGACACUACACAUUGACGAAUGGAAAAAAACAAUUGGAGUUGAUGUUUGACGUGCCGUUAAGGAGCGCCACAGAAAAUUCUGCACAGUAGAGUCACUUUGUUAAAUCGUUUCAUUGCAUAAGUAUUAAAUAAAUAAAUAAACUAAAAUUAUUCGUUAUUAUAAAUUAUUUUUUGUUAUGUGUGUAACACAUCAAUUUUUUUUACGUAGUGAAAUGUAAACUAAGAAAUGUUCCUUUUGUAAAAUUAAAGUUACACUACAAAUGUUGAACAUUUUAAAUAUUUUUUGAAAGUUUAUUUCUUAACCUAAUUUUUACAGUGUUUGCAGAUGCAGCCGUGGGAUUAACCAUCUUGUGAACUAUAUCUCGUUGUAUAGCUGUUCGCACGUACUCUGUGCUCUGAGUAAUGGAGGCGCGUCCCUCGCCUAUCUAAAUCGCGUCGUUGUAAAUGAUGAUGUCAUCAAUUCCUGUUUACUCCCCGAACGCGAGAUUCAAUUCGCAUUGCACUGGCAUCACCUUCAUAAUGUUUCAGGAAGCAAGUCUAGUUUAAAACAAUGUAAAUAAGUUAUUAAUAUCAAAAAACUUGCAAGCAUUAUCUCUACCGAUAAUUUUAAUAACAAUGGUUUUCUACACUCCCUGCCACACAGUAGUAUAAUUUGUUUGUUUUGUACCUUUCGUAAAAACCUAAGGACGCGAAGAUGUGUAUAAUAAGAAAGCAAACUCCAAUAUUUGUAAAAAGUUUUCAGAAUAUUUACGUAAAGAGCUCUAAUAUGAAGGCAGGUAAUGUGAACAGAUGUUCACCUGCACGACUGUGGAGACAACUUAUCACCGCCCCGUUCGCGUCGUCUACAAACUAAGGACGUUCUCGCGGAAGUUUCUUAAAGUUCUGCUCUCACCGUAACUCUUCAAACAAACAAAUAUGAAUAAGAAUAAUUUUAAUAAAGCCAUUACUUAAGACGUAUCCAUUCCGCGUCGUCGUCGCGUCGUCGUCGCGCACUCGUCGCGUCCUCGUCGCCUGCAUUUGCAUACAAAUGGAAAAUGUCACUCGGAUAUUAUAUUACUUAACUGGCGAGACUGUUACAAAAAACACACUAAUACACUCCAUAACGUCUUUAUUACACAAGCAUAGAGUUCAAUUUAGCUCGUGUUGAACCCAAAAUGAAAUUACACUCAUUCAUGUGGGGUACACAAACGUGGAAAACGACGCUUUUUAUUGUUCCUUCAUAUGUUGUUAGUAUUCAGACAGUGCAAUUUAGCACUAAGUCAAAAAAUGUAUUACUUGUGGCCCUCCGCCUGGCUGUUUGCUGUGUUUUAUUGCAGGUACUUUAAAUUAAAACUUCUGUUUCUUUGUGCUGUUACAAAUGGCAUGAUUAUAACUUAAUAAUAUAGACAAAACGUUUUAGCUGAGACUUCAUUACGGUAGCAAGUAAAAGAUGAUUGACGAUUAAGCUGACUGAACAACCACAGUCAAUUGACUACUACAAAAAACCCAAAAUACACAUACAUAUAUAAUCAAUGUAAACAUAUAUUAUUAGUCGAACA